AUGAGAAAUACGCCGAUUGAAAUGACGCUGAGAUUCAUCUUCGCCUACGCUAUUUGUCGAGUAAUUUACGUGGACUCUGCACUGCUGCAUCCUCUCGUAAAGAUAAACUGGAUGUUCUCAAGACAAUAUUGCACGAAUGAAGCAUCCGAAAAGCUAGCUGUAUUUAUCGUUCAGGAUAGCGUGAGCUUCCAUUUCCAUCCCGGUGCCACAGACUACACUGCUCAACAGAAGAAACGCAAGGCUCAUUUGAAAAAAAUAAAUCACUCAGCAGUGGCAUCCUUUCGGUGCCUAGCUGCCUUGCCACACGAAGGAGGCACGAGGGCUGGGAUACUGCCGGGUUGCCCAAGCCUAGACAGGGGAAGUCGAGAGGCAGAGUUGCGCUUCACGGCCGGUCAGCCGGCAAAAAUCACUUCCAAUAAGUUGCAAUGCAUCCUACGUUAUUACUCACUCGGAUAG